AGAAGUGUGAUUUGCUGAUGAACAGAAAAUGCUGACAAAAUUUGAGACGAAGAGUGCAAGGGUGAAGGGCUUGUCCUUUCACUCCAAACGGCCCUGGGUUCUGGCCAGCUUGCACAGUGGGAUCAUCCAGCUAUGGGACUAUCGUAUGUGUACAAUGGUGGACAAGUUUGAUGAGCAUGAAGGACCUGUGCGAGCAGUUUGUUUCCACCAGCAGCAGCCAUUAUUUGUGUCUGGAGGAGAUGACUACAAGAUUAAGGUAUGGAACUACAAGUUACGGAGAUGUCUCUUCACAUUGCUUGGCCACUUGGACUACAUCCGUACAACAGAAUUUCAUCAGGAGUAUCCCUGGAUCCUAUCUGCCUCAGAUGACCAGACAAUCCGUAUCUGGAAUUGGCAGAGUCGUUCAUGUGUAUCCAUCUUGACUGGGCACAACCAUUAUGUUAUGUGUGCUCGUUUCCAUCCUAAUCAAGACCUCAUUGUGUCAGCUUCCCUGGAUUCAACAGUUCGAGUGUGGGAUAUCUCAGGUAUUCCUGGCAAACCAGGAGGUCUUCGAAAGAAAAAUGUUUCUCCUGGAAUGGGCGGGAUUGGGGGUAGUGAUGACCACCACACCCGCAACCCAGAACUUUUCAGUGCAGGGGAUGCCACAGUGCGUCAUGUGCUGGAAGGUCAUGACCGUGGCGUUAACUGGGCUGCAUUCCACCCUACUCUCCCUCUGGUCAUCUCAGGCUCAGAUGAUCGUCAGGUUAAGCUCUGGAGGAUGAAUGAUUGCAAGGCUUGGGAAGUAGACACCUGCCGUGGGCACUACAACAACGUGUCAUGCGUCAUGUUUCACCCAAGACAAGAAUUGAUAUUAUCUAACUCUGAGGAUAAAUCCAUCCGUGUUUGGGACAUGGCCAAAAGAAUAUGUCUCCAUACCAUCCGUCGUGAACAUGACAGAUUCUGGGUUCUGGCUGCACAUCCCUCGCUCAACCUCUUUGCUGCUGGUCAUGAUGGUGGCAUGACUAUUUUCAAGCUGGAGCGAGAGAGACCUGCUUACGCCUUACACGGCAACCUUCUGUAUUAUGUGAAGGAGCGCUUUCUCCGUCGUCUUGAUUUGACCAAAAACAAGGAUGUUGCAGUGAUGCAGUUGCGUGCAGGUUCCCGCGCUCCUGUGUAUAGCAUGUCUUUUAAUCCUGCAGAAAAUGCUGUCCUUCUCACCACUCGCACCCACAAUGUGGAUAACAGCAACUAUGAUUUGUAUCAGAUCCCCAAGGAUACAGACCCACAGAACCCUGACUCCCCAGAUUCCAAGAGGUCUGCUGGGCUGACAGCUGUAUGGGUUGCAAGGAACCGCUUUGCUGUUAUGGACAAGAGCCAUCAGUUGGUGAUCAAGAAUAUGCAGAAUGAAGUGACCAAGAAAGUGACAACUCCCCCGUGUGAUGAGAUAUUUUAUGCUGGCACUGGCAUGCUCUUGCUUAGGGAUAGUGAUGGUGUGUCUCUCUUUGAUGUUCAGCAGAAGAGAGUGUUGGGAACAGCUCGCAUUGCCAAGUGCCGUUAUGUUGUGUGGUCUGCCAAUAUGACCACUGUGGCAUUACUGUCCAAGCAAACAAUACUCAUCUGUAACCGCAAACUAGAACGCCUCUGUUCCAUCGCUGAGAAUAACAGGGUUAAAUCUGGUUCCUGGGAUGAUAGUGGAGUAUUUGUGUACACAACAAGCAAUCACAUAAAGUAUGCACUGACAAAUGGUGACCAUGGCAUUAUUCGCACACUGGAAUUGCCAGUGUAUGUGACUCGGGUGUCUGGUAGCUCAGUAUACUGUCUAGAUCGUCAAGCAACCCCUCGUGUCCUUACCAUUGAUUCAACGGAAUUCCGCUUCAAAUUGGCUCUUGUCCAGCGCAAAUAUGAUGAAGUCCUACAAAUGGUUCGUGGAGCCAAGUUGGUUGGCCAGUCCAUCAUUGCAUACUUGCAGAAGAAGGGUUACCCUGAAGUGGCCCUUCACUUUGUCAAAGACGAGCGUACACGAUUCCUUUUGGCUCUGGAAUGUGGUAAUAUUGAUGUAGCUCUAGAUGCUGCAAAAGCCCUGGAUGAUAAAGGAUGCUGGGAGAAAUUGGCAGAACAUGCUCUCUUGCAUGGAAACCACCCUGUUGUUGAGUACUGCUACCAGCAGACCAAGAACUAUGAUAAACUGUCCUUCCUCUACCUUAUCACUGGAAAUUUGGCCAAGCUGCGACGCAUGAUGAAGAUCAAUGAAAUCCGUAAGGAUUAUGAGGGCUGGUACACCAAUGCUCUUUAUCUGGGAGAUGUACCAGAACGCAUUAGGGUCUUGAAGGCAUGUGGUAAGACGUCUUUAGCACUUCUGACAGCUGCCACUCAUGGGCACACUCAGGAAGCCGAGUCUCUUGCAUCCCAUGUGGAGACUGGUGCUAUUCCAGAACCUCUUCCCAAUGCCCAGUUGCUACAACCACCUGCACCAAUACAACCGAUGGACACUGCCUGGCCACUCCUCACUGUUGCUAAAGGGUUCUUUGACACAGCAGUGGCUAGUGGCAAGAGUGCUGCAGGAGCAGCAGCAGCCAUGGCAGUUGAUGAUGUGGGUGACAUAGCUGGAGAUGCCUGGGGUGAUGAUGACGAUGAUGAAAAUAUUGAUGAUGCUGAUAUAGCCUUAGAUGGUGGAGAUGGUGAGGGUGGAGGCUGGGAGGUUGAUGACGACCUUGAGCUGCCACCAGAACUGGAGGGAACGGUUUCAUCUGGUGUUGGUGCUGAUGGCGAAGAUGGUUACUUUGUGCCACCUCCUCGAGGUCAUCCCCCAACACACGGAUGGACGCAGCGCAGCCAGCUUGCCAUUGACCAUGUGCUGGCUGGUGCCUUUGAAUCUGCCACAAGACUAUUGCAUGACCAAGUUGGUGUGGUUAACUUUGAGCCAUACCGUGAGUUGUUCCUGUCAUCUUUUGCCCACUCUCGCACCAGCUACCCAAGUGCCCCAGGACUUCCUUCCCUCUUUGCCUACCCGUCCCGGAACUGGCGGACAGCACAAACUAAAGACCAGUUGCCUGCUCUUGGUUUAAAGCUGUCAAAUCUUAUGGAUAGACUUAAGGAAGCUUCACAGUUAACUACUGCAGCCAAAUUUUCUGAAGCAGUAGAGAAACUGAGAGGAAUACUGCUGGCUGUACCACUCAUCAUUGUAGACACAAAGCAGGAGGUCAGUGAAGCGCAGAAUUUACUGCAGUGUAAAGAAUAUGUGGUUGGCAUCAGCAUGGAGCUCUAUCGCAAGAGUCAUGGUAAAACAACACAAGAAGAACUAAAACGCUCUCUGGAGUUAGCUAUGUAUUUCACCCAUUGUGAGCUACAGCCUGGCCACCAGAUUCUAACACUAAGAACUGCUGUCAACUUAGCUUUCAAGAUGAAAAAUUACAAGAUGGCAAUGAGCUUUGGUCGUCGCUUAUUGAAUCUGGGACCACGACCAGAGGUGGCUCAGAAUAUCAGGAAGGUUGUACAGGCAUGUGAGAAAAAUCCUGUUGAUGAAUUACAAGUUCAAUAUGAUGAACACAACCCCUUCACUAUGUGUGCCAAGUCAUACUUACCAAUAUACCGAGGUAAACCAGAGGUGCAGUGUCCACUGUGUGGUGCAUCAUACUUACCAGAGCAUCGGGGCAUCACCUGCACAAUCUGUACUGUUGCACAAGUUGACAAGGACUGCAUUGGCUUACGAAUUUCUUCCUUACAGUUUCGGUAGAUGAAUACUGUAGCAAAGAUGGGUUGUACAGUAAUUGUGAAAUAUCAAGCACUCAUAAAUUUUGUUCUUCUCAAUACUGUAUACCUGUUUCCACAGAUCAACUUAGAAAAUAUGCUUACAUUUUAAAUGUGUUUACCGUUUGGAUGCCGAGGACCAAGUGGCAGUUUGUUAAAACCAGGAAAUCUUAUUACUUUGAAUUUAAGAAUGGAGAGCUUCAUUUUAUUUUUCUUAGUGGAAGUAUUUAUGCAUACCUAUGCACCUAUUUAUAGAUUAACUUGUUAUUUACAGUUUUGUUUAGAAAACAGAAUUAAAUCUACCAAACAUUUGUUUAUCAGUUAUAGGACACAUUCAGGUAAAUUGGAUAGUAAUGCUUACCAUUUAGUUACAGUAUUUCUUUUAGUAGUUUACCAUAAUCGGUAAGGAAACGGUUUAAUUUCUAUAAUGUUUAUUUUAAAAGAUUUACUAUAUUAAUCAAAGUGUAAUAAAAAUUAAAACAUUAAAAUUGUUUGAUAC